UCCAGCUGGGCGCGCCAUAUAAAAGUGCCGGGCUGCGUUGUCCUGGGCAGCAGAUACAGAAGGCGUUCCCAGCAGCACCGCAGCGCACCUGGACACCGCCACGACUACCAGAGACAUGGCUUACUUCAAGGUUGCAGUGCUCGUCGGGGCGGUGCUGGGUCUGGCCUCGGCGCGCCCGGGCGGCCACGCCGAGUCGUACGUGUCGUACGGGCACGGCAUCGUCCACGCCCCCAUCGUCCACGCGCCGAUCGUCCACCACACCCCCGUCCUCCACCACGCCCCCGUCCUGGUGCACCACGAGCCUGUGGCCCACCCCAAGUACGCCUUCAAGUACGGCGUGCACGACGCCCACACCGGGGACGUCAAGGACCAGUCUGAGCACCGCGACGGGGACGUGGUCAAGGGCGAGUACUCCCUGAUCCAGCCCGACGGCACCAAGCGCACCGUGCACUACACCGCCGACCCCCACAACGGCUUCAACGCCGUCGUCUCCUAUUCCGGACACGCCGUGCACGCCGCCCCUCUCCACCACCACUACUAAUCGACAUCGCUCACCCUCAUCGGUGGCGUCCCCAGUCAAACAGUGACGCCAUCUGUUUCAUCCCUUCAUCUGCGCCACCCCCUGUGAUAUAUGUGUGUAUAUAAAUCGAAGACUAUCUGCAUGUGCAACUAAAAUGCCUGAAAGUACAAAAAAAUAAUAAAGCAGACAAAAAUCUUG